AAAAAUAUGUCUUAAAACAGAGAAAGAUUGCGAUUGUUUUCUUAAUCAUUUUACCCCAGGACCAUUCUUUUUCUACAAAGCUUUCCUAUUAUAUUCAGUGAAUAAAUAACCUAAAUCGCAUCUAGAUUUCUAAAAUAUAAUCUAUGAGUUUUAAGACCAACUGUAUUUUGUUUUAUUACUUGUGUACUAUAGUGUUGAUAAUUAUAAUCUAAGCCAAUCAUUUUUCAGAUGCUGUCUCAGCACAUAACUAUUUUGGCUUUUAACAUACUAUGAGUAUUAUUAGCAAGCCUGCUUAUGGACAAAGUACAUUUUAAAAUUUAAGUUCAGUUUUAUAUGGGAACAUUUGUGUACAAUAUUUCUUUUUUAAUCUAAAUUUUAUUUUAUCUGGGAGCAGUGUGAUGUAUCUUUACUAUCAGCUACUUGGAGGAGGCUGAGGCGGGAGGGUUACUUGAGUUUGAAGCAGCUUGAGCAACAUAGCAAGACUCAUCUCACACAAACAAAUCAGUAAAUUUUGCUUUAAUCUAGAAUUUUUAAAACAAUUCUAAUUUUUAAGCACCCCAUGAAUAUAAAUUCUUACAUUGGCGAUCCUUUUCUUAGCUUGAAUCCGUCCGUGUUCAUAGGCUCUGACAGCCUUUCACAUUGUGCUUUUUUUAAUAUGUCAAGUUGUCAAGAGAAAAGCCCAUGGAAUUUGACUGUAAGUCAAGAUGUAAAAAUAGCAAGUAUUUUCCUCUAAGGAGGUAAUUCUUUUCUGAAAAACCUUAGCUAUUUCUUUCAGUAUGACAUUGAAUUUUUGUAUAAGCUCUGAACCUUUCUCUCAGUAGAACCAGGGAUUUCAAAGAGGAAAUAGUCAAGUAAUCAUUUUUUUUCUUUUUCUUUCUUUUUUCCUUUUUUUGUGGGGGGCGGGUACUGGCAAUUGAACUCAGGACCUUACACUUGUCAGGCAGGCAUUGUGCCCCUGAGUUAUAUUCCUGGCCCCAUAGGUAAUCAUUUUAAAGCUUAAGAAAACAUUUACUUUUCUGAAAAUUUCCUUUCUGUCAUAAACAAAAGGAACUUCUGAUUUUAUGUCAGUGGAGCAUCUACUUGGUUUUCUUAGAAAAGUGAGAAAUUAUACCAACCACACCACAGAGUCUGCAUGCACUGUGAUCAGGAACUCAGCAUGUCUGUGGAACAGAACAAAUGUAAUUGGCCUAUCCAAAGUAAGAGCACAUUAAUAAAUCAUCAGAUCAGUGUUCCAGAUACCGUGUAAUUACUUCAAAUACUUUUUCCUGGCAGUUUAUUCAACUUCAGUUGUGUGAUUUACAUUAUAAUCAUAACAUCAUUUUUCUAGCUAUCUUCCUCUGACUCUGGUGGAACAAAAUCACUUGGAGAGGGGAAAAAAAAUCUUUUCAUAUUCCUAUUCCUAGUUCCUUCUCCCCAGUGUUAGGUUUAUUCUGAACCCUAGGGUAAAAAUUGCCGACAAAGUGUUUAGCAUUUUUUCAGGAUGUGCAAAGAAAUGUGAAAUGAGAAUUGAGCAGCUGCAUCGCGACGCCUUGGAAAUACUGAGGUGGAAAUUUAGCAGCCUGUGUAUUGAGAAAGCAGGCUGACUGACAACGCUGGCAUAUGUGUAGAUGUCCAGUAAACUUAAAUAUUCUUCCAAUCCGAGAUACAGUCAACAAAAUAAAAUUGUGAACUCAGCUUAUGAUUGAUACACCUACCAGUCCAAUUACCAGUGGACUUCCAUUAUUCUUUGUGAUAACAGUAACCGCCAUAAAGCAGGGUUAUGAAGAUUGGUUACGACAUAACUCAGAUAAUGAAGUAAAUGGAGCUCCUGUUUAUGUUGUACGAAGUGGUGGCCUUGUAAAAACUAGAUCAAAAAACAUUCGGGUGGGCGAUAUUGUGCGAAUAGCCAAAGAUGAAAUCUUCCCUGCAGACUUGGUGCUCCUCUCCUCUGAUCGGCCCGAUGGUUCAUGUCACGUUACGACUGCUAGUUUGGAUGGAGAAACAAACCUAAAGACACAUGUAGCAGUUCCAGAAACAGCAGUAUUACAAACAGUUGCCAAUUUAGACAGCCUGAUAGCUGUAAUAGAAUGCCAGCAGCCAGAAGCAGACUUGUACAGAUUCAUGGGACGAAUGAUAAUAACUCAGCAAAUGGAAGAAAUUGUAAGGCCUCUGGGCCCAGAGAGUCUUCUGCUUCGUGGAGCCAGACUAAAAAACACCAAAGAAAUUUUUGGUGUUGCUGUGUACACUGGAAUGGAAACUAAAAUGGCAUUAAAUUACAAGAGCAAGUCACAGAAAAGAUCAGCUGUGGAAAAAUCAAUGAACACAUUUUUGAUAAUUUAUCUAAUAAUACUUAUUUCUGAAGCCAUUAUCAGUACUAUCUUGAAAUACACAUGGCAAGCUCAAGAAAAAUGGGAUGAACCUUGGUAUAACCAAAAAACAGAACACCAGAGAAAUAGUAGUAAGAUCCUGAGAUUUAUUUCUGAUUUCCUUGCUUUCCUGGUACUGUACAAUUUCAUCAUUCCAAUUUCAUUGUAUGUAACAGUUGAAAUGCAGAAAUUUCUUGGAUCAUUUUUUAUUGGCUGGGAUCUUGAUCUCUAUCAUGAAGAAUCAGAUCAGAAAUCUCAAGUUAAUACUUCUGACCUGAAUGAAGAACUUGGACAGGUGGACUAUGUGUUUACAGAUAAAACUGGAACACUGACAGAAAAUGAGAUGUACUUCCGAGAAUGUUCAAUUAAUGGCAUAAAAUACCAAGAAAUCAAUGGGAGACUUGUACCUGAAGGACCAACUCCUGAGUCUUCAGAAGGAAGCUUGUCUUACCUUAGUGGUUUAUCCCACCUUAGCAACUUAGCCCACCUUACAAGCAGUUCCUCUUUUAGAACCAGUCCUGAAAAUGAAACUGAACUAAUUAAAGGAUAUGAUGUGUUCUUCAAAGCAGUCAGUCUCUGCCACACUGUGCAGAUCAGCAACAUUCAAAGCGACAGCAUCGGUGAUGGGCCCUGGCAGUCCAGCCUGGAGUCCUCCCAGAUGGAAUACUAUGCAUCUUCCCCAGACGAGAAGGCUCUAGUGGAAGCUGCCGCAAGAAUUGGCAUUGUAUUUAUGGGCAAUUCUGAAGAAAUUAUGGAAAUUAAAAUACUUGGAAACCUGGAACGAUACAAACUUCUUCAUGUUCUGGAAUUUGAUUCAGAUCGUAGGAGAAUGAGUGUAAUUGUUCAAGCAUCUUCAGGUGAGAAGCUCUUAUUUGCUAAAGGAGCAGAAUCAUCAAUUCUUCCUAAAUGCAUAGGGGGAGAAAUAGAGAAAACCAGAAUUCAUGUGGAUGAAUUUGCUUUGAAAGGGUUAAGAACUCUGUGUAUAGCUUAUAGGCAGUUUACAUCUAAAGAGUAUCAAGAAAUAGACAGACGCCUUUUUGAAGCCAGGACUGCCUUGCAGCAGAGGGAAGAGAAAUUGGCUGAAGUCUUCCAGUUCAUAGAGAAAGACCUGAUACUACUUGGGGCUACAGCAGUGGAAGACAGACUGCAAGAUAAAGUUCGAGAAACUAUUGAAGCAUUGAGAAUGGCUGGUAUCAAAGUAUGGGUGCUUACUGGAGAUAAACAUGAAACGGCAGUUAGUGUGAGUUUAUCGUGUGGACAUUUCCAUAGAACUAUGAACAUCCUUGAGCUUAUUAACCAGAAGUCAGACAGCGAAUGUGCUGAACAGUUGAGGCAGCUCGCCAGAAGAAUUAAAGAGGAUCAUGUGAUUCAGCAUGGGCUGGUAGUGGAUGGAACCAGCCUCUCUCUUGCACUCAGGGAGCAUGAAAAGCUAUUUAUGGAAGUUUGCAGAAACUGUUCGGCUGUAUUAUGCUGUCGUAUGGCACCAUUGCAGAAAGCAAAAGUAAUCAGACUGAUAAAAAUCUCACCAGAGAAACCCAUAACACUGGCUGUGGGUGACGGUGCUAAUGAUGUAAGCAUGAUCCAAGAAGCACAUGUUGGCAUAGGAAUCAUGGGUAAAGAAGGAAGACAGGCUGCAAGAAACAGUGACUAUGCCAUAGCUAGAUUUAAAUUCCUCUCCAAACUCCUUUUUGUUCACGGUCAUUUUUAUUACAUCAGAAUAGCUACCCUUGUACAGUAUUUUUUUUAUAAGAAUGUGUGCUUUAUCACACCCCAGUUUUUAUAUCAGUUCUACUGUUUGUUUUCUCAACAAACACUGUAUGACAGCAUGUACCUGACUUUGUACAAUAUUUGUUUUACUUCCCUACCUGUUCUGAUCUAUAGUCUUUUGGAACAGCACGUAGACCCUCAUGUAUUACAGAACAAGCCUGCUCUCUAUCGGGAUAUUAGUAAAAAUCGUCUUUUAAGCAUUGAAACAUUUCUUUAUUGGACUCUCCUGGGUUUCAGUCAUGCCUUUAUUUUCUUUUUUGGAUCCUAUUUUCUGAUGGGGAAAGACAUAUCUCUGCUUGGAAAUGGCCAGAUGUUUGGAAACUGGACGUUUGGCACUUUGGUUUUUACAGUCAUGGUUAUUACAGUCACAGUGAAGAUGGCUCUGGAAACUCAUUUUUGGACUUGGAUCAACCAUCUUGUUACAUGGGGAUCUAUUAUAUUUUAUUUUAUAUUUUCUUUAUUUUAUAGUGGGAUUCUCUGGCCAUUUUUGAGCUCCCAGAAUAUGUACUUUGUAUUUAUUCAGCUCCUGUCAAGUGGUUCUGCUUGGUUUGCCAUAAUCCUUAUGGUUGUUACCUGUCUAUUUCUUGAUGUUGUGAAGAAGGUAUUCGACCGACAGCUCCAUCCUACAAGUACUGAAAAGGCACAACUUACUGAAACAAAUGCAAGUGUCAAGUGCUUGGACUCCGUGUGCUGUUUCCCGGGAGAAGCAGCAAGCGCGGCUGUUAGAAGAAUGCUGGCACGAGCCGUAGGAAGGUGCGGCCCCGCCCACCUCAGCAGAUCGUGGAGUGCCUCGGAUCCUUUCUGUACCAACGACAGGAGCGUCUUGACUCUCUCCACAAUGGACUCUUCUACUUGCUAAAGGGCAGUAGUGCUUGUAGAGCCGUGUCGCCUCCUCCCCUCAGAUUCAGGGCUGAUCAUCCGUAAAUGGCCAUUCUGGUUCUGAAGUCACUCUGAAACCUCUGGCGUAGUUGAGACCCACUCCGAAACUGUUUGGCAAACAAACAGAAAUGGGAGCCUUUCUCUCCCCUAAUCUGAGUAUGAACACAUCAAAACUUGUGACUCAAGAGACAGUUCCAUUUUUUUGGUCCAGGUUGUCCUGCGCACACGGGACUCCUAACGGCGUUUCAGCAUGUUGCUGAGGCCGCCACAUUUUAAUGUCAAGAUAGAACAUGAGAUAACUCCUUAUGUAUGUGUAUUUUUUAGAAUUAGAUUGGUUAUUGACUUCUAUUUAAAUCUGCUUCUGUAAAUUAUGCUGAAAGUUUGCCUUGAGAACUCUAUUUUUUUAUUAGAGUUAUAUUUAAAGCUUUUCAUGGGGAAAGUUAAUGUGAAUAUAAGGAAUUUUGGUACCUCAGCAACUUGUGUUGUUAAUUCAUUAGCGCGCUUUAAGCGCACGGAGCAAACCAGGAGAACGCCUUCCGCCACUGUUGACUGUGACGCCGGAUUCCCCUAGACAGGCGGCGGCUCAGCCAGGAAGCUGUGUGCGUGCAGGGCGCGUCAUGGGGCUUAAGGCAGAAAAGGUCUCUGCACCAGACCUCAAAGUGAUAUUUACCAGUGGCUUUUUUUUGUUUGUUUGUUUGUUUUUUGCUUUGUUUUGCUCAAAUAUAAAGAACCUCUAUUGGGGGCUGGGAAUUUAGCUCAGCGGCAUAAGCGCCUGCCUUGAAAGCAGGCAGUCCUGCUUUCGAUCCCUGGUACCAAUAAAAACGAAAAAGACAAAAAAAAAAAAAAAAAAGAACCUCUAUUGAUUAAUUGGAUAUCAUUUUCAUCAUUAAUUUAAUGUCUUUAUCAUUGGCUCUUUUGCAUGCUGUAACCUGGCUAAUAUAAAUUUGGGUUUUCUCUCUUCCAAAGGCUCUGUUUUUAAUAGAAUUUUAUGAAAAUGUUGUAAAGUUCAGCUCUAUCAAUAAAAAGCAAGUUUGGACAGUACUUAUAUAUUGCAAAUAGUUUUGAUUAUACAAAUAAAUGGAAAUAUCAUUAAUUAGAUUCAUAAUAAGACAAGAGCACAUCUUUAUGACCAACUUAGAAUUACUCCUGCUCUUCUGUAAGCUAAAUUUUAGGGUAAAGGAUUUCCAUUAAGAAUCUUGUGAUUUCUAGGUUAGUGUAUGUCACAGAAGUUACUGUGGACCCCCACAGUCGGUUACAUUCUGCCCGGUGUCCUAUCACAAGGUAUGUUGUCGGGUGUAACUGGUGGGAUGUAAAUGAAACAAAGUCUAAAAUACUAAAUUUUUUUCUUUUGUUCUGUUUUUUCUUUUUUUGAUACUGGGGAUUGAACUCAUGACCUUGCACUUGCCAGGCAAGUGCUUGCACCACUGAGCCAAAUGCCCAGUCCUAACAUACUAAAGUUUUAACAACAGUAAAAUAAAAUGCUAGAAUGACUGAUCAGUACAUGUCAGUCUGGUUAACUCCUUGCAUCUCAAAACUUAAGUUUCCAUCUUGAAUUUGCGUUGCCAUUUGUUUCAUGAAAAGUAACGUUUUAAGUCCUGGAAAGAUCAUUGGUUUAAGAAUGCUUAUCUACUCAGCUUAUAAUGAGCAUAUACAAGAUGAAGAUUGUAAGAAAACGGUUAAAUGACGUUCUGCCUAAUUGUCCCUUCGGGAUGUAAUUUGUUUUUGGAGAUGUUUUUGUACAACUCUCCCUUUGUCACAUCACAAAUACAACUUUGAGACGCAGGUUGAAGGAUAAAAAUUAAGAACGGUAGAAGGAGAAUUAAGACUUUGCCUGUGUUUGCUGGUGUUUAUCUGCUUGCUUGUGUGCCAUUUGUCUCUAAAUAAUGCAAGAUGUUACAUUCUCCAUUUCAGGCUAGAUGCUAAUUUUCAUAAACAACCCUUCUUGGAUUUUCCAAAGUUAAGUUUAGGAAGAGUUUUUGCUCUGGAAAUGCAUUAAAGGGAUAGAUAGUACAGCAUACAAUACAUAAACUCACUGAUACGCGUUCCAAAGGGCAGGUAGUGCGGAAACAUUCAGUGCAGUAGUUUAGUAGACAAUAAUAGGAAAUGUGCUUCCUCUUAGAGUGUCUGCUGCAGUGUAUGUGUGCGAAGUGAUGGCCAGGCACACAGCACGCGCCUGAAAUCCCUGCACUCAGGAGGCGAACGCUGAACAGUCGUGAGUCUGAGGCCAGCCUGGAUUCCAUAGUAAGACUUUGUCUUAAAAACAGUAACAAAAACCCACUGAAAGUGACAUUCAGCAGCCCGCAUUCUGCCUGCCUAACCAGUGUUCAUGUGCCAUCAGGCAAGCUGACCACAACACCAGAUGAGGGCGCUAAAAUCUACUGGCCUCCACAGGGCUCAGCACUGUGACAGUCAGGCCUUUGUCCCUUGGCCACUGCAGUUAGCCCAGGGGAGCAUCUCUCCUGGUGUUGGGCACCAAAUGCAGGGCCUCACACCGGCCAUGCAGGCAGGCAUGCUGCCACUGAGCUACAUCCCAGCCCCAUUUAUUUAAAAAAAUUUUAAAUCACUAAUGGUGAGGCUGUAACCUGGGGUAGAGGGCUUGCAGAGUGUGCAGAGGCCCUGAGCUCACUCGCCAGCACCAGUCUGUCAGUGACGCCCACGAACGUCCCUCCUGCUUUAGAGUCCAAGACUUACUCCAUUGGUAAAGAAAGGCUACCUUGUAAUUUUAGGAGGAGGAUUGUCCCGCAUCUAUUUAAGAAGGUAACUGUGGUUCACAAGCCUUCAGUAGUUUCCUAGUGCUAAUACCCAUGUUACAAACUUGACUCUGGUCAGCAAUUACAGACGCUUCCCUUUUUACACUAUUUCUGUCAAAUUCUGUGGGAAGUACAUGCUGAAAAUUAACACCCUCCUGUCUGCUGGGGCCAUGGUAAGGCUCUCCAUGUGUCACUGCUGGUCAUGCAGUUGGCCGCACAUCUGCGAGCCCCACCGCUGGCCUGGGCCCUGAAGAUAAGGGUACCCAAUGUGUUCCCAGCUGCCAUCCGCUGCUCCAGGCAGGUGACUCAGCAACCUGCUCACCGAGGGGAGCCCAGCUGCCGGGGUUUGCCUGGGGCCACGGGGGAGGUCGGGGGCCUGUGGGCCUCCAAGUCCCCAGCCCUGGUGCACCGCAGAUAGGAAGAAGAGCCGGGCAUCUCCCACCGGAACGGCUGCCCUCUGCUCUUGGUGCCGAGACUCAGCUCGCCUCCACUGCAGAAGCCUGAGACUCAGCAGGCAGGCGGCUUAAAAGCCACCCUGAGGAGCAGGGGGUGUUCAGAUUCCUGCUCCGAAAAUCUUGAGGGCUGAGGGAAAGGAAGAAUCUUUCACAUUUGUGUUUGCCCUGUAAAAAAUCACUCUUUGCAGGGAACUUUUAAAAGGCAGGUUCUGAUAAAACGAAUGAACCAAAGAGUUUUAUGUGGAACGUGUUUAUUAAUUUUAGUCUCCCUUGAUGUCUUUGUCUUCUACACUAAAAUGAGUCAUCGAUUUUCAUAAAAGCAAAGCUUUAUUAAAAUGCUGUUUGAUGUGUGAAACAAUGUGAAUGCUAUUCCUAUUAAGAACAUAACUCAUGUUUGUAAUGCUGGUGAUAGAUUUUUAUGAAUAAUGGGCAGCUGGAGUCAUGUAGUGAUACUUAGUUAUAAUUUCAGACCUCAGACACUGUGGCUAUGUAAUGUAAUCCUUUAAAAACCCUCUGCACUGUUGGUGACUAGUAUUCUUAUUGUACAGUACCCAGUAUUUUUAUAAGGUUUAUGAAGUUAUAUUUAUCAAAUAAAAUUUUUCCUACCUGACAAA